AUGAAGACGACGUUCCCAAACCCCGAUGACAUCCUAAACUUCACCCUCACAAUCGAACCCGAUGAAGGGAUGUACAAAGGCGGCAGCUUUGUGUUCACCUUCUCCAUCAACCAGAACUUCCCACAUGAUCCACCGAAAGUCAAAUGUACGCAGAAGAUCUACCAUCCAAACAUUGAUCUCGAGGGAAACGUCUGCUUGAAUAUUUUAAGAGAGGACUGGAAACCAGUAUUGAAUCUGAAUGCUGUUAUCGUCGGCAUGCAGUUCCUUUUCCUAGAGCCGAAUGCUUCUGAUCCCCUCAAUAAGGAGGCAGCUGAAGAUCUCAGAAACAACCGAGAAGGGUUCCGGCGCAAUGCGCGGACAGCAAUGGGGGGCGGAUCAGUGAAAGGGCAGACCUACGACCGAGUGUUGCGAUGA